CCUUAUUUCAGAUACCACUGACGAGGAAUAUCAAAAUGGCGCAGUGGCAACACAGAAGCGAUGCAAUACACUGGUACAUGCAGGAGCUGAGCUCGCGUGUGGUGGCGGAGAGUGGUAUACCAAGUGAUCGCCACCAUUUAGGAAAACUGACUCUCCAGGGUCUCAAGGAUGCUCCGGACUAUGUUUUACAGAUAGACGGUGCUACAGGUGAAACAGAAACAUUUGGGUCUGUCUUAAAGCGAUCAGUUCAAUGUGCGACAAUGUUCAGGACUUUAGGUCUUAAACAAGGAGACGUCGUCGUGUUGAUGGCACCGAAUCACAUCCAUGUCAGUAUACCCAUGUAUGCUGCAUUUUAUCUCGGGAUAAGUGUCGCUGGAAUUAAUAUGGAGUUAAGAGUCAAUGAACUCCGAGAUACGUUUAAAUGUAACGAACCAAAGAUGAUAAUUUGUCAGAGCGAGAGAGUGAAUGACGUCCGCUCUGUGAUAAAAGAAUUAAAAUUCGAUUCACAUAUUAUUGCUUUUGAUAAAGCUGAACAAUGUAUGAACUUCUCUGAACUUCUGGAGAAGCAUGCAAGUGAUGUAUCUGUUGAGGAUUUUAAGGUCGCAGAUUUUGAUACAGCCAACACAAUAUCAUUGUUAAUAGCAACCAGCGGAACAACUGGUCUACCGAAAGCGGCCGCUAUUACCCACAAAAAUAUGGCAGUUAGCGUCCCGUAUAUGUGGUUAACAUAUUCCAAGUUCCCCGCGCCUACGCGUCUGACAGUGGUGUUUUCCCCAAUACAGUGGUAUUCAGCUUUAUUCCAAUUCAUCUUCUCACCAAUCAUAAGGCAUACAAGGUUACAAUCAUCGGCACAGAUGACACAAGAACACGCUUACUAUCUCAUUAAUAAAUACAGACCAAAUUUUACAAUGACGAGCCCAAAUAUGUUGGCGUUAUUUUUGAAAAUCGGCGAUCGUAACAAAUGUGAUUUCACGUGCUUUGAAACUAUUCAAGUCGGAGGGAGCUCAGUUCAUACCAGUAUCAUUGAGGAUAUAAAGAGAGUUUCUCCGAACACAAACGUGACUGUUAUAUACGGCAUGAGCGAAAUGUCAGGAAUAGCAUUCAACUUCGAUGAAACAAUACCAAAUUCACUCGGAAAGCCCAUGCAGAACUUCGAACAUAGAUUAGUAAACCCUGUAACAGAAAAAGACAUAACGGAACCCAAUGCCCCCGGAGAACUGUGGGUGAAAGGCCCAGGGGUAUUCAAGGGAUACUACAACAACCCAGAAAUAACAUCGCAAGUGAUAAUGAGAGGAGGCUGGUUGAGAACUGGAGACAUUAUGUACAGAGACGACAAGUCGAACUUCUACUUCGUAGAGCGAAUAAAGCUUUUAUUAAAGUAUCGAUCUCACCAGAUUUCUCCCCUAGAAAUAGAAACAGUGAUUGCCGAACAUCCAGGAGUAUUUGAAGUAGCCGUUACUGGUAUUCCUCACAAAGAAUACGGAGAUCUGCCAGUCGCCUGUAUCGUACCUCAUAAAGGAUACAAAAUAACUGCUCAAGAAAUCAAAGACAUAGUAAAAGACUCACUCAGUGACCCGAAGCAAUUGAGAGGAGGAGUUUUGUUCUUGAAAGAGUUACCACUGACUUCAACUUCGAAAAUUGAUCGACCAAAACUUGCCGUUUUAGCUCGGUCUAUGGAAAGAGAAUAAUUUUCUUUUUGUGUUUUCUUAGAUAUAAUUUAAGAUAUGACUGUGCAAAUUAUACGUGAUGUUUAUUGA